AUGGCAGACUCCGGAAAGAGGAAAAUGGGUUUCCACGAAGCACCAAAGAAGUUCAAGAUCCCAAAAGGUCCAAAACCAGUUCAUCAUAAGAAUAAAAACACUAUUGGGUUAGGUAGAACUAUUGCCAAUGUUAGAGCUAAAGAAAAUAAAGUUGAAUAUUUGCCUGAUGGUGAAAUGAGAUUCACCACUGAUAAACAUGAAGCUAACUGGGUUAAAUUGAGAUCUGUUACCCAAGAAAAUGCAUUGGAUGAAUUUUUAAACACAGCAGAAUUAGCUGAUACUGAUUUCACAGCUGAUAAAAAUAAUCAAGUUACUAUAAUAAAAGUUGAUCCAACUAAAAAUCCAUAUUUAUUAACAAAUGAUCAAGAAAAACGUGUUAGUGAAAUCCAACAUGCUAAUGAAAAUAAAUUAACAGUUCCAAGAAGACCUGAAUGGGAUGAAUCAAUGACAAGAUUUCAAUUAGAUAGACAAGAGAAAGAAGCAUUCUUAGACUGGAGAAGAGAAUUGGCUCGUUUACAAGAAAACGAAGAUUUGUUGUUAACACCUUUUGAAAGAAAUUUAGAAGUUUGGAGACAAUUAUGGAGAGUUGUUGAAAGAUCAGAUUUAAUUGUUCAAAUUGUUGAUGCAAGAAAUCCAUUAAUGUUUAGAUCUCCUGAUUUAGAGAAAUAUGUUAAAGAACUAAAUCCAUUAAAGAAAAAUUUAUUAUUAGUUAAUAAAGCUGAUUUAUUAACUCCAAAGCAAAGACGUUCAUGGGCUGCAUAUUUUAAAUCACAUAAUAUUAAUUUCACUUUUUUCAGUGCUUUUGAAGCUAAUCAAUUAUUAGAAAAACAAGAUCAACCAGAUUAUAAACCUGAACUAAUAGAAAAGGUUGAAGAUCAAAAAGAUUUAGAUGAAUCUACAAGAAUUUUGAAAAUUGAAGAAUUAGAAGAAUUAUUUAUGACCGAAGCUCCAGAACCUUUAACAACACCACCAAAUGGUCAACCUCCAAUUUUACAAAUUGGUUUAGUUGGUUAUCCAAAUGUUGGUAAAUCCUCUACAAUUAAUGCUUUAAUUGGUUCUAAAAAGGUUUCAGUUUCAUCAACUCCAGGUAAGACAAAACAUUUCCAAACUAUUCAUUUAUCAGAUCAAGUCUUACUAUGUGAUUGUCCAGGUUUAGUUUUCCCAAAUUUUGCAUACACAAAUGGUGAAUUAGUUUGUUGUGGUGUUUUACCAAUUGAUCAAUUAAGAGAAUAUACAGGUCCUACACAAUUAGUUGCACAAAGAGUUCCAAAGUUCUUUUUAGAAGCAGUUUAUGGUAUUGCUAUACCUACAAAAUCCAAAGAUGAUGGUGGUGAUGGUGUUCCAACUUCUCAAGAAUUAUUAACUGCAUAUGCUAGAGCAAGAGGUUAUAUGACCCAAGGUUUUGGUAGUGCAGAUGAACCAAGAUCUGCAAGAUAUAUUUUAAAAGAUUAUGUGAAUGGUAAAUUACCAUAUGUUCAUCCUCCUCCAAAUCCAGAUGGUUCACCAUUAACUCAAGAUGAAAAAAGGGAUUUUAAUAAAGAAUUAUAUACAAUUGAUUCAUUAACUGAAAAUAGAAAAGAACAAAUUUUAUCAGCUAUUCAUUCAAAAGGUUUAAAAGAUUUCAAUUUAGCUGAUGAUUUAUCAAAAUUAUCAUUUUCUUCCCAUAUUGGAGGUGAUGAUAAAAAAGAAUCAAGAAGUGCAAAUUAUGGUGGUAAACAAGCUGCUAUUUAUAAUGCAACUGAAGAUUUAGAUCGUGAAUUUUUCAAAAUGAAUGGUGUUCAAGGUAAAUUUUCCACUCCAUUCCAUAAAGUUGAAAAUAAUACUGGUAAUAAAAAACAUAAUAAAAAAAACAAAUCAAAGAAUCAAAAAGUGAAAAAGGCUGAUGAUUUUUAA